GACAUUGUCACACACAGAGAGAAAGAGUUAAGAGAGAGAGAGAGAGAGAGAGAGCACAGAGCAACGUGGCAGAGGAUAAAUAAAAGGAACAAACGAUAAGGGAAAAAAGAAAAAAGAAAAACAGAGUCUCUCUCUCUCUCUGUUUUUCUCUGCUUUCCAUACCAAAAAUCUUCUUCUUUCCAAAAUUUGCUUCCUUUUCUUCACCGUCGAUUGCUUCUGGUUCCUUUGUUUAUGAUUUUCUUCAAUUCAGUUAGUGAAACCCAGUUUUGAAUUUUGAUCAUGGUUUUCACCUGCUGAGUGCCAAGUGGGAAGAUUGUUUUGCAAAAGUAUAAAAAAGCAAUGAGCUGGAAAAGCAAAGGAGAGCUUUCUCCUAGAAGCGUCAUGUCUCAGAAAUGGAUGAUUUUCCUUUGUAUUGGAAGCUUCUGUGCUGGGAUGCUCUUCACCAACAGGAUGUGGACUAUUCCUGAACCUAAAGGACUUGCACGGACAACAGCUAUGGAAGCUGAAAAAUUGAAUGUAGUUUCAGAGGGUUGUAAUUCGAGAAUUUUACAAGAGAAGGAAGUGAAGCGCGAAACUAAAGAUAUCUAUAAGGAAGUUAUCAAGACACGUAAUGGCAUACAAACACUGGACAAGACUAUUUCAAACUUGGAGAUGGAAUUAGCUGCUGCAAAGGCAGCUCAGGAGUCUAUGCGAAGUGGUGCUCCUGUAUCAGAAGAUAGCAAGAUGACUGAGUCAUCUGGUAAGAAGAGAAGGUAUCUAAUGGUUAUAGGAAUUAACACUGCUUUUAGUAGCAGGAAAAGAAGAGACUCAGUUCGUCAGACCUGGAUGCCACAAGGUGAGAAAAGAAAGAAGCUAGAGGAAGAAAAGGGCAUUAUCAUCCGCUUUGUAAUUGGUCACAGUGCCACAUCAGGGGGUAUCCUAGACAGAGCUAUUGAAGCAGAAGAUAAGAAGCACGGAGAUUUCCUGAGGCUGGAUCAUGUUGAAGGAUACCUUGAAUUGUCAGCAAAGACAAAGAUUUACUUUGCCGCUGCUGUUAAAUCAUGGGAUGCUGACUUCUAUAUCAAAGUUGAUGACGAUGUUCAUGUAAAUAUAGCAACACUAGGACAAACUCUAGUUAGACACCGAUCAAAACCACGGGUAUACAUUGGAUGUAUGAAAUCUGGGCCUGUUCUUUCUCAAAAAGGGGUAAGGUACCAUGAACCAGAAUACUGGAAAUUUGGGGAGGCUGGUAACAAGUACUUUCGCCAUGCCACUGGACAGUUGUAUGCCAUUUCAAAAGAUUUGGCUACAUAUAUUUCAAAUAACCAGCAUGUUCUUCACAAGUAUGCCAAUGAGGAUGUUUCAUUAGGAUCUUGGUUUAUAGGACUUGAUGUGGCUCACAUAGAUGAUAGGAGACUUUGCUGUGGUACACCACCAGAUUGUGAAUGGAAGGCACAGGCAGGCAACGCUUGUGUUGCUUCAUUUGAUUGGACCUGCAGUGGAAUUUGCAGGUCUGCUGAAAGGAUUAAAGAGGUCCAUAGAAAAUGUGGAGAAGGUGAGAAAGCUUUGUGGAGUGCCACUUUCUAGGUUGUAUUAGCUUGGAGUUCUUCCUAACUCAGGAAGAUUAUAACCACGGCAAUGAAACUAGGUUGCAAGUUUUUCUUUUUCUUUUUCUUUUUAAUAUUUUUUAGAAGUAUAGAGAAAUUUCAUUAUACACAAGAGAAAGAAAGAGAGAGGACUUGCCCCAUGGACCUUCUGCAUUUUAAUAGAGGAGAUUGACCAUGGUAGCUGCCAGAAUAGGAAGCAUGGGACCCCCCUCAGUCCAUUCUUUGAUGCUUGAAGGGCCACUCUAUAUGUUAAUAGUUCCAUGCCUAUCAAGAUCCUAAUAAAUAGAUAUAUGUUUCUGUUUGGCAAGGUUGGAAUUACUUAAAGAGUCAUUUCUUUUUCUUCUACAUUUGGCAGGGCAUAGCAUAUGUAAUUCCACAAGAGAAAAUAAUUCUCAUGAUCUUCAGCCUACAAAGCUUGAUCACUGACCACUUUUCUAUUGUUCUAUUAAAUAAAU